AUGAGAUUAAAAAGACGUGUUGGAUGUUUUGGUUUAUAUGGUUAUGAUUUUAUGAUUGAUGAAAAUAUGAAAGUUUGGUUAAUUGAAGUUAAUGUUAAUCCAGCUUUACAAACAAAUACAAAUACACUUCUUCAAGCUAUUCCACCUGUUGUUAAUGAAUCAAUUUUAUUAUCAAUUGAAUGUUUUGAAAAAAUUCGUAAUAAUCAAAGAAUCUUUCCAUUGAGAUCAUUGAAAGGUUUUCGAUGUAUUUACAAUGAAUUAGAAAGAAAAGGUUCAUUACCAUAUUUGGAUCAAAAACGAACAACAACAACAGAUAAUACACGAAAGAAUCCUUCACAAUCAUCAACAACUAUUUCUCCCUUAACAAAACCAAAUACAAAUAAUAAUUCUGCACCAAUUUCUCAAUCGAAUAAAACAAAUUCCAAUAAUUCUCCGCCGAAUUCUCCAAAAACUUUACCUAAAAUCAAUGAUCAACAAUCAACUCCAACACAAAAAGCAUUUUCAUCACCACCGAUAACUUCCACUCGUUCAACUCAAGAACGCGCAAGAUUGAAUCGUUCCUUGGAAUCCUUUGUCUCUUCAUCAACAACGCCACCUGGAAAUCGUUCUCCAACAUCACCAAAUGAAACAAUGGUCAUGAGAUAUCAACAAAUUCAACGAUUCAAAACAAAUUUCGAAAUGUUAAAACCAGCCACUGUUAUUGCUGAAGAUUGGAAAAAUUUAGAUAAAACUCAAAGAGAUCGUUUAGGUUUCGGUGGACCAAAAAGUCUUGGACACGGGGCAAUUGCAUCAACUUCUUCUUAUUCAUCUCCUGCAUCUCCUUCAACUUAUCGACAACAAGAAAAUUGGCUUAUCACGGGACGACAACUCACUGUUGUAGACACAAAAACACUUGGAUCAUGGCUUAAAACACGACAACAAGAACAAAAGGAUAAUGAUGAACAACAACAACAAUUGACAAGAGAUUCAAUCAAUCUGGUCGAAAGAUCAUCUCAAACAUCAUUUGGAAAUUCAUCUGAUGUUUCAUCUACAGGCACAACAACAAAUGGAAAUGAUGUUCGUUCAGGAAAUCAAGGAAUUCAUUUAGAACAAUUCACACGAAAUCGUCCAAGUUCAGCAAAAAUUCGAACAAGUUCUCUUUCACCUACUGAAAAAUUCUUGAAAAGUAAAGAAAGGUCAUCAAAUAAAGCUUAUCCAUGGGAAUUUGAUGAUUGGUACAAUUUAAAAGAUUUAACUGGUUCAACAAAUAAAUCUGCACUUAUUUAUCGUCUGAUGCGUUCAAGACUUGAAGCCAAUUUAGCUAAAUCGAUAUCUGCAAAUAGAGAUCAAACAAAUAAUAACAAUAAGAAGAAAGUCUCAACAUCAACAAGUACAUGA